AUGGAAGCCAUCAGAAAACAAGCCUCGAGACUCCGUGAACAGGUCGCCCGGCAACAGCAGGCUGUUCUGAAGCAGUUUGGUGCUUAUGGUGCUUCAGAUAUUGUGGCUGAUGAUGCUGAGUCCCAGCAGCAUCAGAAACUUGAAAAACUAUACAUAUCUACCCGUGCUGCCAAGCAUUUCCAAAGGGACAUUGUUCGUGGUGUUGAAGGUUAUAUAGUUACAGGGUCUAAACAAGUCGAGAUAGGAACUAAAUUGUCAGAAGAUAGCAGGAAAUAUGGAGUUGAAAAUACAUGUACCAGUGGUAGUACAUUGUCAAAGGCUGCAUCAAAUUUCGCACGAGCUCGUGCUCAAAUAGAGAAAGAACGUGGAAAUCUGCUAAAAGCCUUUGGCACACAGGUGGCUGAACCAUUGAGAGCUAUGGUAAUGGGAGCUCCAUUGGAAGAUGCUCGACAUCUCGCCCAAAGAUAUGAUAGGAUGCGGCAGGAGGCCGAAGCUCAGGCUGUUGAAGUUGCCCGAAGACAAGCCAAAGUAAGAGAAGGAACUGCACAUCCGGACCUGGCUUUUAAACUUGAAGCAGCUGAAGCUAAACUGCACGAUCUGAAGUCAAAUGUCGCCACACUUGGGAAAGAAGCUGCCGCUGCUAUGGCUGCUGUUGAGGCUCAACAACAGAGGUUGACCCUUCAACGGCUAAUUGCCAUGGUUGAGGCUGAACGAGCUUACCAUCAGCAUGUCCUUCAAAUACUAGAUCAGCUUGAAGGCGAGGUAGGUUCUAACUGUUCAAUGUAUUGA